UCACUUUUUAGAUAAGAAAUGGUAAACGUGACCUGUUUUAGCUGACCAGAGGGCAAGAAAAAUUCUUAGAAAUAUUAUGACUUGUCCAUAUUUGCUCAUGUAUAUGCCUGUUUACUCGAUAUUGCACAUUUGCCUGGAAAGUAAAUUUCCUCUUAUUUAGUGUAGCAUAAUAAUAUAGAAUUAACAUGAACAAAAAUAGACUAUCAAUAACAGCAAUCAAUAAAAUGCUUCAAGCAAUCCUCAGUAUUGUACUGUGUAAUUUAAGGAAUAUAUUAGCCAUUCAAGACUUAAUUAUUACAAGGGACCAAUUAAUUUAGUUAAUAAGAUGGCAUUGGAUAUUGUGAACAUCAAAAACUAGGGCAAAGGUAUACAAAUAUGUAAUUAACCAAUUUGCCAGACAAGAUUUUUCAAUUAUUUUUCCUACAAAUUAUGCAUCCAUACAUGGCAAUUGCAUUAAAAUUACAAUUAUUGUUGCUCGCUAAUUGAGCUUAUUAUGCAUGUUGUAUAUCAAAACUAUCCCUAAAUCAUGUUCGCAUAAUCAAUAGAACUAAAAAUAGGAAUGGUUUCAUAUUUUAUCAAGUUCAAUCCGUCACACAUUCAUGCUGAAUUUUUUUUUGUUCCUGAGUGAAAGUUUUAUUUUAAUUAUCUUAUAGUAAGGUGGGGCAUAAGUCAUGGUCUAAAUCAAAAUUAAAAAAAUGAUGCUCAAGUUGCUGAAGAUAGUGGAAAUCGUGCCUUGCUUCAUAGUCACGUUUCUUGGCCAAAUAAUUAUCAUCAUCACUUUCAAUGAAUUGAUUUAUUGACCAGUGGUUAGCAACAGGUAACAAUCUAAAUUGGGUCCAGUAGACGAAACAAAAAUAAAUUUAGCUCUACAGUAUUUUUAGGCUCCUAUCCCGCUGAUUUUUAAGUGCAUGUAAACUUAGAUUUGUCCUCGACAAAAAUAUUUACCAUUAACUAAAGGAAAUUAUUUGACCUACAAAAAGGCCAUCUUUUGUUUAUUGUCAACAAUUAAUUCAUUGUUUUUUUGGAAGUGCACAGCAAAGUAUAUCAAUUUCCUGUUUUAAGUUACUGUCUCUCGUUGAGGUAGGCAGUGUAUAUUAAUUACAAAGGGGUUAUCGUAAAAGGUCUUCAAAUCAUCCUAGUUGCCAUUCCUCUUAUCUAUUCACUAAUAGAUCAUCGUCCUUUUUCUUCAAACUUCAAUAUUAGAUUUAAUUUAUACAACAUGCAACCACUUAUUAACUUUUGGUGGAUGCAUGUCUAAUGUGUUAGUCAUUCUAAUAUUUAUCGGCCUAAAUGGUCAGUCAGCCUAGCCUGAUGGCUGUUAUUAUUUGUGUCUUUUGUGUGGUCCCAUAAAGUUACUCUGGUAUUUUUGGCAGCAUGCAGUUAACUAUUAUGAGUUUAUGGAGGCUUGGAGCUAUGGAUAGUCUCCACGUCACUGCCUCUCAGCAGGCGGUUAGCAGUAAAACUUCGAGUAGAAGUACUUCGCCUGCUCGACACCGUACCGAAGGGGGUAGUUCGCAGGAAAGGGGCGAUCGACCUUUUCAUCCCCAUCACGCAAAGACUUUGAGUCACGGAUCUGUAGAUAGCACUAAGAGUCAUGAAGGUGCUGCUUCAUCGCACUCGCGCCCAUCGCGCCACAAAAGUCCCAACCAACUGACCAAAAGCCACCCUCACCAAGACUACAACCCCUCGUCGCAAGACAACAGUCUCCUCGACGAUUCCGCCGGCCUACUGGCCAACAUUUCGCAAGAUCCCGACGUUUCCGACCUGUAUCCUUCUUCGUUCUUCUCAAACGGUUCCGGCGGCGAAGCCAACAAGGAAGAUGACACCGAUUGUGGCGUUAUGGACGCCAAAACCAGUGCGGUGCUGGAACAUUUGUGCAGCAAGAUUAUCAGGGUGAGAGAUUUGAUUAGGACGGAGCAAAAAAUGCGCGACGAUAAUGUCAACGAGUAUCUGAAGUUGGCUGCCAAUGCUGACAAGCAACAAGUGCAAAGGAUUAAGGCUGUAUUCGAGAAGAAGAAUCAAAAGAGUGCGCAAGUUAUAGCGCAGCUACAAAAGAAGCUGGAUGUCUAUCAGAAAAAGGUAAACGAUUUGGAGAAGGGUAUUCAAAGUCAUCGACCUCCUAGAGAAGUUUUGAGGGAUAUGGGACAAGGUUUAAAAAAUGUUGGUGGAAAUAUCAGAGAUGGAUUAACAGGAUUCAGUGGAUCAGUCAUGUCAAAACCUAGAGAGUUUGCUCAUCUAAUCAAAAACAAAUUUGGAAGUGCUGAUAAUAUCAGCCAACUGUCAAGGCCGGCGGGCAAUCAAACCACUGGCUCCGAGGGCAGCUGCGCUGACAAACAUCAGUCGCAGCAUCAACAGCAACAAGAGGGAGUGCAAGAGGAGACGAAAAACAAACAUGGCAGUGCCACGUUGCCAAUGACGGCGUCUCAGAGUAGUAUGCAGGAUAGAAGUAGACAACAUAGGAAGUUUCCCAGUGACGAUGGGUCAGAGUGUGAGAGUAGCGUGACAAGUGAUAGCAUUGGAAGAUAUGGCCGUUUACAAGAGUCUAGUAUGCAAGAUAACUUUAUAGAGCUCAACAAAAAACUCAAAUAUUUCCAGGAGCAGUUGGACGGUUUCCGGGAAGGUUUGGACAGCAUUAAGUCGUUCCAUACUGAUAUUCAGCUUGUAAAUCUUGCAAUACAGGAUGAACGAUUUCGUACUGAAAGAUUAGAAGAACAGAUAAAUGAUUUGACAGAACUUCAUCAAAAUGAAGUAGAAAAUUUGAAGCAAGCCAUGGCCGAUAUGGAGGAAAAAGUACAAUAUCAAAGUGAAGAAAGACUCAGGGAUAUACAUGAGAUGCUUGAGCAUUGUCAAACAAAAAUUCAAAAAAUGGAACAUCAAGCUCUCCAACAGCAACAAUAUGUAAUGCUGGAAGGUUUGGACAACUCAAACGCGCGUGCGCUUGUAGUCAAGCUAAUCAACGUCUUGCUGACAGUGUUGCAAGUCGUUCUGCUUCUAGUGGCUACAGGGGCCGGCAUCAUUAUGCCCUUCUUAAGGACCAGAGUCCGAAUCAUAACGACACUGGUUUUCGUCAUAGCCAUAGUGUUUACGUUGAAACAGUGGCCGGAGGUGCGCGACAUUGGCAGUCACGUGAUGAAACGACUCAAAGACACCCUGGAUCCGGUCCAAUAGCGUUCGUGGACUCCUAUUGGUUGUGAAUUUACGAGGUUUCGGUCAAAUAAAUAAUAUGUGUUUUAGAUUAGUGUGAUAUAGAAAAUAUAAACGGCUAAAACUCUGGUGCGAAAUUAUAGAUAGGUUUUUUUUUUAUUAUUGUGAUGUAGUUGGUAGUUGAUUUUGUUGGUAAGGAAGAGGAAGAGGAAGGAUUAUAGAUUGAUUUAGUGUUUAUUUAACCAAUGAGAUGUGAGUGUUUGUAAUAUAAGGUGUUGCUUAUAAAGUGCAUGUAGGAAUAAUAAUCUAAAAAUGUCAAUUGUAUACUAUUAGUUGUUGGGCCAAUAUGAUUGCGAACUUAUAGCCACUUCUUGAGCUAUCAAAUUUUUUUUUGGAUCCUGGUUUCUUCCUCUUUCCUAGGAAAUAUUUUAUCAAUUCAACAUGAAGGUAGUUGUUGUUUUUUAAUUACUUUCAGAACACUGGUGGGCCAAAACUGAAGUCACAUUAUGAAAGUAAGUAGUGGUAUGGUAGUCAGCAGGAGGUUCUCUAUGCUUUCAAAGGCAAAAAUUGUUUUUGAGUUGCCUUGCCUCAAAACGAAAAACGCCUGAUCAACAAGGCACUCGUGGAAACACCAAAUAACACAUUAGUGAUCUUUCUUAGAUCCUGGUCUUCAGAUAGUGUUGGUUACCACCCAACAAAGGCUCAUAUUUUUUAGUUUUGUAUCAGUAGAAUCAAUUUUACUGCUCGCCAGUAUAUUUAGAGUCAUAAUCCAGCAUACUUUGUUUUUUUCCCCUGCUCAAUUUAUUCAAAAAUCGUACAAGGUAAUUUAAUGGAAUAGACCAAACAAAAAACUUAAUUUGCUGAUAAGUAAAAUGCAAUUUGAUUCAUUGAGACCCCAUUUUUAAAAUACUUGUUUUAAAGUAUGAUGAGAUGCUCCGUUUUCGAGGGCAAUUCAAUUAAUUUAGGGGUAUGCUGUAGGUGUUUUAUUGGGUGAAUGUUUAUUCACUCCUCUAUACAUAAUAAAUCAAAUAUAAGGAAUAAUUUAUAUUAAUAACUAAGGAUAAUAAUUAAGGAGCUGUUUUAAUUAAUAAUUUAGUUAGCGAGGGGGUAGGGAAAGUUCCUUGGGUAUGUUCUCUAUUUAUUUUAUUCUUAAGGUAUACUGCCCCUAACAAACGUUUCCGGAAUGUCCCAAAAAAAAAAAUAAUGCAAUUUUUGAAACGUCCCCAUAUACAAGAAACAAAAAAAUGAACAAAAAAAGCUUUGUGACUGAUUUUUACGUGAAAACAUGAGUAGUCAAUUUGUGAUUUUUUUCUAGGGUUUGUAGAAGCAAAAAACAAUACAAAUAAUUAACAAUAGGAACAGAUAGGUAAAUCGUUCGUCCAUUUUCUAGUGAAUGUGCAAAGUUUAUAACUUUGUGUAUUUUAUUUUGUUUUAGUACUGAAACACAGUUGCAGAUUGACAAAAUACUUAUGAAAAAUGCUGUAUUGAGGCAUUUUUCAGAAUGUAUAUUAUUUGCAACUACUGUAUUCUAGUUUCUUGAAAUUUUAUUUCUGGACUUGUAUUUAUUUAUGUUGUAGCACUUGCUUUAGGUAAUUUGUAUUUAAAAAAAAAUAUAUAUUAUAACUCCUAUUUACAUUUCAUGAAUGUUAUUUUUUAUUGUAAAUAAUUUGUAUUUUUGUCUAUUUAAAAAUAAA